GAUAUUACGUGGCAGGAUGAGCAUUCGGCCCCCUUCUCGUGGGAAACUAAGAGCCAGCUGGACUUCAGUUUGACGCCAGGCUCAGCAGAGCAGCAGAUCUCGACCUCGCAGGCCGAACCGAAGGCUGCGAAGGCUCCUCACCCCAACCCGCUCGGCAAGAGCACACCGGGAACCAAAGUGUCUGUCAGCGAGGGACGGAGGCCGGAGGAGGAGUCGUCUUUCUGGAAGAUCAGCGCCGAGAGGUCCAGGCUGGAGGGGGAGCAGGCCGACUUCCAGUCCCUAACGCCCAGCCAGAUCAAAUCCCUCGAGAAAGGAGAGAAACCCCUCCCUUCCUACCUGCGACAGGAGACGUCUGUCCCCUCCAAGGAGCCUGAGGCCGUAGACCCCCCCCCUCCAGCCCAUACCAGGUCCACCAAGCAGCGAGCACCCAGACCUCCUGCCCCCCCUCCCCCCGUCCCCGUCCC